AUGGCGUGCCCAGGCCCGCGCGCUCGGCGUUCCCUGGUGGCGUGGUCUCCUCCGGCGGCGGUGUCAUCGAAUCGCGUUCUCAACCAGGACGGCAUGGCUCCCCGGCGACCGGCAGUGGCCCUGCACGGCUGCACCACAACAGCGAUGGCGGCGUCGUCCUGGUUCUCCCCCGGUAGCAAGAUCCGGCGUCCUGGGUCUCUGCAUGUCCAAAGGCCACUAGUCUCUUUUGGCCCUAAUGCAUCUACAAAGCUUAGAACAUGUCCUGCAGAUGUCAUUAAGAAUUUAAGAUUAGGUUCCCGUGUGUUGACUGACUUUGGAGCAGAUGUUCUUUCCACUUCAAAUGAUAAUGGCAGUUUUAGCACUUCGUGGCUUAGGAAUCUAUCCGCUGCUUCUGAUUCAUGGCAUAGAAGUUCUAAGAACACCAAGAAAUUACAUAUUAAUGACUUCGACAAUUUCCAUUAUCAUGCACAACCAAGUCCAGUACCUGCACCAAUAUUGCAAUUAGCUGGCUCAGCAUAUUUGCUGAGAGCCACCGCUUGGGAGCACUAUGGGAGUGUUGUAUUAUGGAAAAAGGGUGGGUUAGAUAAGCAGCAAACAAGUGUCUUGCAACUAAGAAAGAGCAGUGCUCCAAUGGUACGGAUGAAUGCUCUGGUUUAUGCAGCCUGCUUUGCGGAUGCUGCAAGUUCGUCAGAGUUAUCACUAGCAUAUGCAGAGCUAAUUCAACAACUGGCGGUGUUCAAAGGAUAUUCAGCUGCAUUCUGUGCUCUAAAGCUUGCUGAAAAGAAAUUCCCAUCGUCACAAGAUGGCAUGAAGAUGGGUAAGUCAUUAGGCAACACACUUGAACCAAAAGAUCUGGUAGAAAGAUUUGGCGCUGAUGCUGUUAGGUACUUCUUCUUGCGGUGGACAAUGCAAAACACCAGUAUGAAAAUCUUUUGCUGUCUUGGAAACUUGUACCUCGAUGAGCAAGCACAUGGUCCUGUUUCAAGCAAGGGGGUGAGUGCUGAAAAGGCUGCAAAGGAUCUUGUACUUAUUUUAGAGACAAUGAGGAUAAUUGCAAUCGCACUAUCUCCUAUCACUCCAAGCCUUCCUCUGAGGAUUUACACACAGCUUGGUUUCACAGAAGACCAGUUUAGGGUGUUGAGAUGGGAGGAUACGAAAUGGAGAGGCCUUAAAGCAGGCCAGGUAAUGUCGGAGCCAAAGCCAGUGUUUGCAAGGAUAGAAACCGAGAUGGAAGAGGAUGCCCAAGCAAGUUCAAAAGCAGCAAAAGGUGGAAAGAAGAAAGCACACAGCAAAGGACUUGUAGAGGCAUAG